UGUGCGGAGGCGAGAUUUGGAGAACACGUUGUUUUACCAUAUAACGAGAGAUUGUCUCCCACUACCCCGAUGCGAAGCCAGAUAUUAACUGGUGGAGGUAACUUUCAGCGAGGCAUGCUAUAUAAGAGAAUGAAGAACCGGCCGGCCAAGAUAAAGCUUGAGUGUUGUCAACGUUCGUCGUGCCGUUACUCCUCUACCUUCUUCGUUGACAGAAUGCAUUGGUUAUGUCUGGCAGCGUUAGCUGCAACCGUAGCAGCGCAAGGUUCUUACGAUUUAGACCCAAGAGUGUCUUUUACUGGGAAAUCCUCCAGUUUAGGACCUCUUUAUUCAUCUAGCCUUAGCAGUGGUCAAGGUUUUCGCGAUAAUAGUUACGAGGAUAAUAUUGUAACGCCAACGCCAUCUCCCUCGCCUUACCGGAACCCCUCGAAUCAGCAACCCUUGUAUCGUAAACCAUCUGGAGGCGGAUUGGAUCAGACGGCAAUCAGGGUGAAUGGACCACCGCGUGGUAUUCUUCGAGGAGGACAAUCGCAAAACCCACGGGCCGAGGUUGAAGAACUGGAGGAAAAGGAGGAGCCGGAUCGCUUGACCCUUCUUCUGCCGCAAAGUAAAUUUGAUUGCGUGAACAAGCAGACUGGAUAUUACGCUGACGAAGAUCUUAACUGCGAGGUCUUCCACUAUUGUCAAGAUAAUGCUAAACACUCUUGGAUUUGUCCUGAAGGAUUCACGUUCCAUCAGGUUCACCUGAUUUGCAUGCCGCCGAGCGGUGACAUAAACUGCAAGAAGAGCUCCCAAUAUCACUUUGUGAACGAGUACCUCUACAAACCAUUGAACUUGGCUGAAGCUGAGACGAGACCGAAUGUAACCUUGAGAUACAGUGAAAGAUAUUUCCCUGCAGAUAUUCAUCCUGACGAACGUGAUACUGAAGACACUUAUUCGUCUGCGCCAGUCCGUCGUCCUGCACCAGCAAUAUACUCUAGUCCUCAGCCAGCUACUUUGAAUAGUAUUCCUCCAUCAGCUCGCCCACAACCAACGGGACUUCCACAAUUUCGUUUACCGAUCAAUCAGGUUUUCCGCAGUCCUGAAGAGGUAAAUAUACCCCUUCAACAUAGACGCCCACAACCCCAACAGCAGCAACAUCAAGCUCUGAGAAGAUUCCCUCAAGUACGACCCGAUGAUGAGGAAUACGAGUAAAUUUUGAUCCAUCGUCGUUCGACAAUUAUUUUAUCAUUCAUCGUCACCCUCAUCGUCGCAUUUCAGUCGUUAAUUAUAUCGCAACAAUGUCAUCAUAUACAUUCCGUGUUGAAAUUAUCAACGAAUAACGAUAAACAUAAACGCUAUGUUUAUUCGAACGAAUUAUAAUUAUAUAAUUCUGUAGAUUAAUUGUAGAAUGUAAAUUAUUCUAUCUUUUCAUUUAUCAUUUUAUAUAAAUUCUUAAUUACCGCGAGCAAAUGUAAAUUCAAAUUCCUCUAAAUUCGUGUAAUUAAUACACAGAUUCUAUAUUCGGUUUUAUUUAUAAAUGAAAUUACACUAAUUAAAUGAGAAUUACGUAAUAUUGUAUAAUUUAGCAACACGUGUGUCUCAAUAUGUAUCUGUCAAAAAAUAAUCAAUGAUUUUAAUAAUAUAACAAACAUGCUAACGUAUAAACAUGUAAUCGAUAUUAGUUUAAUAGCGAUGACCAAUAAAUUGUUAUUGUAUUAUUUUUAAUAGCAUUAUUAUCGCUACGACACUGUUACAAAUGUUUUCUUGAGAGCAAAAAUAGUCAAUUCACAAUUUAAAUAAUAUGCAUGUAAUAUAAAAAGGAAUAAAAUACAUAUAAGU